GUAAUCUAUCUGCUCGAUACAACGGCACACGAAAAAUCAAACUGACGCUAUAUUCGGGAGAAAAUGAAUGCAUAAUAUCUAGAUUUUUAAAGGGAUGAGGCCAUCACUUCCUUAUUAUUUGGUCGCUUUGGUUUGCUGCUCCGCGCUUCUGUUCGUUUCCUGCGUCUCGAUCGAUCGCCUUCGAGUUCAUCGAGGAAGAGAGAGAAACAUGGUUGGGGGUGUUCGUGAAUCAUCCAAGGGGGGGAUCGAGAACAGCGCUGAGAUCGAGGACCUCGCUCGAUUCGCCGUCGACGAGCAUAACAAGAAGCAGAAUACGCUUUUGGAGUUUGCUGGCGUGGUGAACGCAAAAGAGCAAGUGGUUGCAGGAACAAUGUACUAUCUGACUGUGGAGGCCAUUGAAGGUGGGAAGAAGAAGCUUUAUGAGGCCAAGGUCUGGGUUAAACCAUGGCUCAACUUCAAGGAGCUCCAGGAGUUCACUCCCCUUGCCGACUCCUCUUCCGGUGCCACUGCUGCUGACCUUGGUGCCAAGCAAGAUGAGCAUGGAAGUGGAUGGCGCACGGUGCCGCCCCAUGAUCCCGUUGUCAAAGACGCAGCAAAUCAUGCUGUGAAGACCAUCCAGCAGAGAUCCAACUCCCUUGCUGCUUAUGAACUGCUUGAAAUCCUUCAUUCAAAAGCAGAGAUGAUUGAAGACCUAGCUAAGUUCGACUUGCUUCUUAAACUGAGGAGAGGAAGCAAGGAGGAGAAGUAUAAAGUAGAAGUGCACAAGAACCUGGAAGGGAACUUCCAGUUGUAUCAAAUGCAAGAGGAGCUUUAAAAACUCUGUUUAUCAAUAAUUGUGUAAUAAGCUGUUAUUUUGACUAUGCUACUUGUGAUAUGUGGAGUCAUGAUGUGAAAAUAAUGAGUGCUUCCGGUGCUUGCUAUGCUAUGUAGACGAGCUUAGUGCUCUUAAUAUAGUUCUGUUACGUGGUUAUGUUUUA